AUGGUCAUCGACUCUGGAAGGGAGUCAGUCGGGUAUUCUGCCCCCAUGCCCACUGACCAGAAGCCCAAGACACGACAGAUGCCCGUGACUUUACUAUCAGGGUUUUUGGGAAGCGGCAAGACCACACUUCUGAAGCACAUUCUUAAGUCCCCAGACCAUGGACUGCGGAUUGCUGUCAUUGUCAAUGAUAUGAGCCAGUUAGUACCUCACCAAACACAUGACACAGACUCGAUACUAAUCCUUAUGUCAACUAGGUUGAACAUUGACGCCGCCCUGAUCCAAAACCACAAAGUCUCCCAAACCACCGAGAAACUCAUUCAACUCCAGAAUGGAUGCAUCUGCUGCACCUUGCGAGGUGACCUGCUAGCAGAACUAGCCCGCCUGACCAAACAGAAUGAGGUUGACUAUGUUGUCAUUGAGUCAACAGGUAUCUCGGAGCCCAUGCAAGUGGCCGAGACCUUCACAGCUGAAUUCAGCACUGCUAUGCUGGAAGCUGAGGAUCAGAUUGCGAACGAGGAUGCUGAUGCAAAGAAGAUACUGAACGAGAUCGUGGAUCUGGGUGGCUUGCACACAAUGGCUAGACUGGACACAACAGUCACUGUCAUCGAUGCUUUCAACCUCCUUUCCAGCUUUGACACGGCCGAGUUCCUCUCCGAUCGCUAUGGAAGAGAGGAAAUUGUCCCUGAAGAUGAGCGGACAAUCUCCGAUCUCAUGGUGGAUCAGAUUGAAUUCGCUGAUGUGUUAAUUCUCAACAAGAUCGAGACAGUUGAUGAAGCAACACGAAACAAGAUCCUGCAGCUUCUGAAGUUGUUGAACCCUGGCGCGAAGGUUCUCGAGUCAAAUUACUCGCAGGUUGAUGUCCGACAAAUCGUCAAUACCAAUAGCUUCGAUUUCAUCCGAGCUGCUUCCGGUCCCGGGUGGUUGCAGAGUCUGCACGAAAUGACAGUGCAAACAACUGGCAAUGGGGAGCGGAUGGCACCCAAGCCAGAGACCUUGGAAUAUGGUAUCAACAACUUCGUAUACACCGCACGUCGGCCCUUCCACCCUCGGAAGAUCUUUGCCCUUCUCCACGACAAAUUCAUUAUUCUUCAGAACAACGAACUUGAGGAAGAAGAAGGAGAUGAAGAAGACGAAGAAGAAGAGGAAGAAGAUGCAAUGGACACAGAAUCCGACUCUGAGUCAGUACAGGACUUUGACCAGCCCGACCCAGCGGAUAUCUUGCAAAACAAGCGUACACACCCAGCCUUUGGACCGGUUCUCCGUUCCAAGGGCUUCUUCUGGCUCACAACCCGACCCUGGCAAUUUGGCGAAUGGAGCCAAGCAGGCGGUAUGAUGACAGUCGGCUGCGGUGGUCCAUGGUUCGCUGAAGUCCCUGACGAGGCUUGGCCUGAGGACAAAGACGUGCAGGAGUCUAUCCAAAACGACUUCCAGGGACCCUGGGGCGAUCGACGCCAGGAGCUCGUGUUCAUUGGAGAGGGCGUUGAUAAAGAGAAAAUCAGCGCUUUGCUUGAUGAGUGCCUUUUGGAUGACAAAGAUAUGAAGAAAUGGGAGAAGGUGAUGAAGAACAAGAAAAUGAGCAGAGAAGAAAAGACCGACAAAUUGGCUAAGAUGUGGGAAGAUGGAUGGGAGGAAUGGCCUGCUUUCGAAGUUGAGGAAGAGGAAGAAGAACAAGAGCAGGAGGUGGAUGCGCCACAACAGGGGAAGCAUCGCAUCAGCGAAUACCUGCACAAGGAUGGCAAACAUGCCCAUGGACAUAGCCAUGGACAACGAAGGAUGAUUGCAGCAUGA